AUGAUAUCACGGAGCUUUGGCAUCAUAUCGAGCAAGUCUGAUGUUUACAGCUUUGGGAUGAUGCUUCUGGAGAUGGCUGGAGGAAGAAGGAACGCCAAUCCGAACACAGCAAAUUCGAGCCAAGCGUACUAUCCGUCAUGGGUAUAUGACCGGCUAACUCAACAAGACCAUGUGGGUGAGAUUUCUGCUCAUGUUGAUACUGAGAUGCAUGAAUUGGAGAGGAAGUUGUGCAUCAUCGGACUAUGGUGCAUCCAGAUGAAAUCUCAUGACAGGCCGACGAUGAGCGAGGUUAUAGAGAUGCUGGAAGGAGGCGUCGGUACCUUGCAGAUGCCCUCAAGGCCGUUCUUCUGUGACGAAGGGCAUGUUCAUACCGAGGAUACUUACCAUUUGUCGUCCGAGCUAACUGAAAUCUCGGAGGACAUGAGUGAAAAUAUUGAUGUGUGA